CGAAAUGACGCAUCCGUCAUAUACUGCAAGAGUGAACCAAAGAAAGAAAAAGUAGUUUUUCGUCUAGCAUCAUAGAAGAACAAAAUUGUUGAAUUUGUCGUAUAAUACCAUCAAUUUUGUCGAAUUAUUCAGCCUUCAAUUAUCCAACUACAUACGGGAUUCCAACAAAAACUAGUCCCGUCAGGAUGAGUUUCUUCGGCAAGCUUUUCUCCGGGAAAAAGGGCGAACCUGCUCCGACACCCAGUGAGGCUAUCCAGAAACUUCGGGAUAUUGAAAAUAUGCUCACCAAAAAACAGGAGUUUCUGGAGAAAAAAAUCGAAAUUGAGUUGGAUACUGCGCGAAAGAAUGGAACCAAAAACAAACGAGCUGCUAUUCAGGCCCUCAAAAGGAAGAAGCGAUACGAGAAACAGUUGACGCAAAUCGAUGGCACACUGUCGACAAUUGAAAUGCAGCGUGAAGCGUUGGAGAAUGCCAAUACAAACACUGCAGUCCUGACCACGAUGAAGAAGGCCUCGGAUGCUCUGAAGGCUGCUCACAAAGAUAUGAAUAUCGACGAUGUUCACGACAUGAUGGAUGACAUCGCCGAACAGAACGAUAUUGCAAACGAAAUCUCAAAUGCAGUUUCGACGGCUGUCGGUUUCGGACAGGAUAUUGACGAUGAAGAACUGGAGAAAGAGCUGGAGGAACUGGAACAGGAAGAGCUGGACAAGGAACUGCUUGGAGUGCAGCCCGAAACCGACCAGUUGCCGGAUGUGCCAUCCACCGAUCUUCCGAGCAAGGCGAAAGAAAAGAAAAAGGCUGUUGCAGAAGACGACGACGAUCCAGAUAUGAAGGAACUUAUGUCCUGGGCUAACUAAAACGUGUGCGACAGUGAGGUGCACUGGUUUGCAAAUUAUCCUUACGCCGCAUGCUCUGCAGUGAACUCUAAUAAAUAUACACAUAAGCGCAGAGUUUUGAGAUCCGGGUUUGCCGUUAUGAGAUGCACUUAAUCUAUGAGAAAACAUAACCUUUUUCUGCUGAACCAUAAUAUAAUGCUAGUGUCUAGUGAACGAAAUGAUACGGAUAGUCGGAGGUUUUA